GGUGGGGCUGGGGGCUGGACAUGGCCCCCUGUCCCCAGUCUGACUCCUGCCCAGCUGGCAGCCCCCUUGGCCUGAUAUGUUUGUCCCUUUUGCUCAUCCCUGCUGCAGCUGGAACCUACUGUGAAUGCAGCCUUGGCCUCAGCCGCGACGCCCUUAUUGCCCUCAUUGUGGUGCUGGCUGGUGUCAGUGCCAGCUGCUUCUGUGCCCUCGUUGUUGUGGCGAUUGGUGUCUUUCGGGCCAAGGGUGACGCGUGCCCCGGACACAGACACAUGGAAAACAGGUUGAUGGGGUCCUACGGGGUCCAGGAAGAUCGCAUUGACCUGCACUCGGUGCACGUGGAGUCCCACCUCAUGGACCCUGACCUGGAGGUAUCCAUGAUGCCGUCCUUGGAGAACCAUGGCCUCAUGACCAUCCCCGUGGAGGCUCCUCUAGAGGAGUCGCCUCCACCACCUCCACCCCCACCCCCUCCGCCAGAGUAGUGGAGGGCAGCUAGGCUGGGAAUUAAACAGUAUUUAGUGAU